CUCCCCUUGGGCCGUGAAGGAUGCGUGGAGCUCAGGUUUGUUUCUGACUGGGAAUUUUCCAAGGACACCACCAAACUGCGGCAGCGAUGAGCUGUUCGCGCGCGCAGACGGAGCUCUUUUCUCAGUCACAUCCAGAUGUUUGGGGUUCUGGCGACGUGAAGCCGCUGCACCACGGGCACUGAUCCGUCCUCCGUGAACCGCUUCUGAUUCUGUGCAUAAACCCCAGAGGCUGCUGGAUGAUUCGUGCCCGCAGUGUUCCGUGUCGCCUAACAUGAUACCUGGAUCCGCCGCAUCCAUGUUGCCGUCCGCAGAAGCCGCCAAACUCUACCAGACCAACUACGUCCGCAACUCCCGUGUCAUCGGUCUGCUGUGGGCCAUCUUCACCAUCCUCUUCGGCAUGGUGAACGUGACCAUCUUCUCGCAGCCCUAUUGGAUCGGGGACGGCGUGGACACGCCGCAGGCCGGCUACUUCGGCCUCUUCCACUACUGCGUCGGGGACGGACACUCCAGAGACCUGGCGUGCCAGGGCAGCUUCACCGAGUUCUCCGCCAUCCCCUCCGGUGCGUUCAAGGCCGCCUCCUUCUUCAUCGGUAUGUCCAUGAUGCUGGUGGUCGCCUGCAUCGGCUGCUUCAGCCUCUUCUUCCUCCUCAGCACCUCCACCGUGUACAAGAUCUGCGGCUGGAUGCAGGCAGCAUCAG